AUGUUACAAAAAAGCUAACGUUGCAUAUAGUCUCUGUCCACCAGGGGGCGUUGAGCUAAAGUGGCACUAUGAUGCUGAGGAUGCUUCUCCGCUUCCAGUUUGUGAGAUACACAGGGCGGGUCUAUAAACGGACGCUGAGGAUGCUUGAGGAUUCAUUAUCAACAAUCUUAACUUUAUUUCAAAUAUAACGGCUUCACAGUGUUUUAUUUUAUAUAAUAAGUAUCGCCUCAGUUGGCUUUGACAGGAAUCUAUCCGAGGGUGGUAAAAGGACAGUGGAAAUAGUCGUCUUUUUUCUGACAAACCCAAUCGUUUGCCGGUUUACAGCGAUACAAACCGGCUUUCUAAUUUUCUUAAAACAUCAGGCCAUUCUGACAGCUUUAUCUUGUUAUUUGAUGGUUUUUAAACAACCUUGUGGGCCCUUUCUAACAGUGGAUACUUUAAGCGUAUCUUAAAGGCUUUGCCAGUGCUCUGACGUCAUUUGUGUUUAUUAUUUUUUUCUGACAUCAGCAGGAUAAUGUGGUAAACGGUCGCUGUUAAUGAAUGAAACUGUUUCCCACGCAAUAGACAUUAAUGAUUUGCUUGGUAAUGACGGCGACGCGAUAAUUUAUUUUGUCACAGCGGAAAGACAAAGAAACAUCAUAAGUGUUGUUACGGCAGAGAAACGGCUGGUAACGUUAGAUGUUUUUGUCUCCUGUCGUGUAUCUCAGCAAGAUUUGCCGUUAUUUCUCCAUGUUUAGCACCGACAGACUCACGGUUCCUGAAUAUGUCAGUAAUCGGCUACACAACCGGAGGACGGGCUCUGGCCCCAGGGCUGUGUCUCCGGGGAUCAGCGCCGACGUUCGGGCCGUGUUGGACGGCUCUCUCCCCGCGCUGCGCUCCGCGAUCAAAACACUUAAGUCUUCGAAAGACACUGGAGAUGUGGAGGAGACCCGCCGGGCCAUCGCUGAGACUUUCCAGCUGGUUGAGGAGGCCUGGGUCCUGCCCACAGUGGGCCGACGGGUAGCAGAGGAGAUGUGCAACAGGAUCCGGCUGGAUGGGGGUCUGGAACUGCUCUUGCAGCUGCUGCAGACACCUGCUGUAGGAAUCACAUAUGAGUCUGCCAAGCUCCUUGAGCAAAUACUGGUCUCAGAAAACAGGGAUUAUGUGGCACGUAUGGGGCUUGGGGUCAUCCUGAACCUGACCCGUGAGCAGGAUGAUGCCCAGCUGGCACGGAGCGUGUCAGGCAUCCUUGAGCACAUGUUUAAACACACAGAGGAGACAUCUGCGCAGCUCAUCACUAAUGGAGCACUGGACACCCUCCUGUAUUGGUGCCGUGGAACAGACCCAACUGUACUGCGGCACUGUGCUGUGGCCCUGGCAAACUGCGCUAUGUAUGGUGGGCACCGCUGCCAGCGUCUGAUGAUCGAAAAACAGGCGGCUGAAUGGCUGUUCCCACUGGCAUUUUCCAAAGAGGACGAGCUGAUCCGGUUCCAUGCCUGUCUGGCCGUGGCUGUGCUGGCAGCUAAUAGGGAGAUAGAGAAAGAAGUAGUGAAGUCUGGUACUCUGGAGUUGGUGGAGCCAUUUAUCGCCUCGUUGGACCCUGAAGAGUUUGCACGCAACCUGUUGGACAGUGCAGACAGCAUGCAGGGCCGCACCGCAGCAGACCUGCAGCACUUACUGCCUCUGCUGGACGGCACAUGUCUGGAGGGGAAAUGCAUCGCUGCAUUCUACCUGUGUGUGGAGACUAGUAUCAAGUCUCGUCAACGUAAUACCAAGAUAUUUCAGGAGAUUGGAGCUGUUCAGAGUCUAAAGAGGAUCGUCAUGUACUGCAGUAACGCCACUGUGUGCUCUCUGGCUAAGCGGGCCUUAACAAUGAUGAGCGAGGACGUCCCGAGGCGUAUCCUUUCAUCUGUACCCAACUGGAAGAGCGGAGAGGUGCAGACCUGGCUGCAGCAGAUUGGCUUCAGUGCAUUCAGUGAACGGUUUCAGGCACUGCAGGUGGAUGGAGAUCUACUGCUUAAUAUCACAGAACAGGAUCUGAUCCAGGAUCUGGGCAUGACUUCUGGGCUCACUCGAAAGAGGUUUCUUCGAGAUCUGCGUGUACUGAAAACCUACGCCAACUACUCCACAUGUGACCCCAAUAACCUGGCAGACUGGCUUGCUGAUAUAGACCCACGAUUCCGUCAGUACACCUACAGCUUGGUUCAAUCGGGAGUCGAUCGGAACAAUAUCAUUCACAUUACAGACCAACAGUUGCUGUCUGACUGUCAUGUAGAGAAUGGAAUCCAUCGUGCAAAGAUCCUUUCUUUUGCCCACCGCCCUGCUGAACCCUGCUUAACCGAUUCCCAACCCGCGGGCCCUGAUGUGUUCAUCAGCUACCGUCGCACUACGGGUUCACAGCUUGCCAGCCUACUGAAGGUACAUCUACAGUUACGUGGUUUCAGCGUCUUCAUCGACGUAGAGAAACUAGAAGCUGGCAGGUUUGAGGAGAAGCUGAUCACGAGUGUUCAGCGAGCGCGCAACUUCAUUUUGGUGCUGUCAGCCAAUUCGCUGGACAAAUGCAUAGGCGACGUGGCUAUGAAAGACUGGGUUCAUAAGGAGAUCGUCACCGCUCUGAAAGGGAAGAAGAACAUUGUUCCUGUUACUGAUAACUUUGUUUGGCCCGAUCCAGCCUCUCUGCCAGAGGACAUGAACACCAUUCUCAAGUUUAAUGGCAUUAAGUGGUCCCAUGAGUAUCAAGAAGCCACUAUCGAAAAGAUUCUGCGCUUCAUCGAGGGAUGCCCAAGCCAAGAGCAACCAGACGGAGCAAAAACAGACAAAGAAGAGCCACAAAAGAAAUAAAACAUACAUUUGACCAAUAAAAAGCCCUUUAUUAUGCCUAAUAACUAGGUGUUUCUAGUAAUGACUGCCAUGUAACCAGAACACACCUGCUUACUCCUCAGAGGCCAGUGUUUCCUUCAGUUGUAUGCAUGUCUAGAUAGAUUACUGUUGAAAUUUCUUAGAGAAAAAAACGUAAGUGUAACCUACCAAGAGAUGCACUGGAACUUUAAAUGUGUGGUCACAUUAGCAAAUAUCAGUGAAAAAAUUGUGGGCACAGCUCACAUAGAAGUCAUUUUCAAACC